CCCCUGUUACUAGUAACAUCUCUUUUGUUACUGAUCUGUCUUUAUAGCCCUAUACAUUUGAUUAGAUCGCCACCUCCCUUAGACGCUCUUUCCACCAUUAACCUUGCCUUUCAACUAAUUGAUAUCCUGCCUAACAAAACAUACUUGCAACUCGUACGACAUCCAUAUGACGAGACCAUAGCCCAUGAAUUAGGAGUUGAUGUACCGGAAAGUGAACAAGAUGAAUUUACUGGAGAUGACACUGAAUCUGAAGGGUAGCUUAUAAUAACGCGAUUUUUGGUCAUAGUGGUCCCCGCCCUUCAAUAAAAAAAUUGAUUCAUUCCAAUAUCAAUUUUAACUCAUUCAUUCAUGUAGCCUGUCAUGAGCGAAAUUCGUUUUCAAGAUCUGCCAAAUGAUGCUAGCGGAUUGCUAAGACGAAUGGCUUCCGAACUAGUUUGUCCCAUUUGUUUAAGCUACUAUGACGAACCUAUGUUAACACCUUGUCUACAUACGUACUGCAAAGCUUGUAUUUUAAGGUCACUAGAGACCUUAGCAAGAUGUCCACUGUGCAAGCAUGGGUUGACAAGGCGACAAUUAAACCCUAUGCCAUCAGUAGCCGAGGUUGUCACAAAUUUUCAGGAACUUCAGACAGCAUAUGAGGAAAUGACAGGACAAGCUAUAUCCCAAGAACCAAUACACAGUUCGCAAUGGCAGCUUCAACCAGAUACACAUUUAACUCAAAAAUAUCCUUAUCCUACGAAGGAUGAUCACAGUGGUUAUACUACUUACGGCAAUGACAAUGAACCCAAUGCUAUUUCAAGUACAUCUGCUACCGUUUUCCAGAAUCAAGGGGUAGAACAUGAUAGCAUAACGGCAAAUCAGUUUGAAGAGAUACUAGAAGAACCAUCUGAGAUGAAUGAUAUCGAUUUGCCAAUAGGAGGAUUCACCAUUGAAGAUACGGAUGCAACCCAAAUUUCGGCUCAUCAGGUUGCAAGUCACUCUGUAGCAUCAUCACCUGAAUUGACAAAUCAAAGCCAUCAUAACUCACUACCACCAUCACAAAGCGUUGGUGGAGCUGAUCGUCCAACAUUCUACACAUCCCAAUUUUCAGAUUUAUCGCUUGACGCAGAUACAGAACCAUCGCCAAAUUUUUGGAAAUCAGCAAUCGGGCGACGUCCAACAUCGAAUGUAGAAUGUUACGUGAUUUUGGCAACACAUCUUCCUCCUUCUUUUGCUGAAACGGAACUUAAUAGCAUCGUGCGAACCUUGAAAGGUCGUGUGGUCAACGAAUUUUCACAAGAAGUGACACACAUUGUUACCACAGCUGAUCAAAAGAAUUUGGCGAGAAGAACUCUCAAAUAUUUGCAAGGCAUAGUUUGCGGAAUAUGGAUAGUGGACAAAGCUUGGUUAGAGAAAUGUAAACUUGCUGGAAGGUUUGUUACGGAAGAUGAAGACGAAGUUGAUGGAGAUGAAGCGAGCGACCGCACAUCGAUACCACGGAUAGCUCGGCAAGCUAAGGCAGCCAAUGAACCUGGACUUUUUCAAGGUUUAGAAGUCACUUUUUGGGGCACUUUCUACGGGCCAUCCAAAGACGAACUCAUUUCUCUUAUACGAUAUGGAGAUGGCAUUGUGUGGGAAGGCUCAGACAAUCUACCAAAGGGCGCUAUAAUAAUAUACGAUAUUCGAGACACUCUUUUUCAUCAUGGACAUAUGUUCAAUGAGGCUGUAAAUGCAGCAUGGAUAUUAGAUUCCAUUAGCUGCUACCGUCAACUACCAAAGAAAAACUACAGUCCUUUUAGAAAUAAUUUGCGCUGACAUCAUAUAAGUUUAGCUUCGUAUCAAAAUGUUGAUCUCUGCCGAAAAAUUAAAACGGAUAUCUUCCAAUAUACGAUUGUUUUCUUCGAAUA